GCGAGAAAUGGAGCUGAAGCUGGUAAUUUGGGGGGUUAAGGAUAACGCUCGCUUCGGAACUACGUUGUCCACCAACGAUGUGGAUGGAGAUUCCUAUCCUGAAAUAUUUGUUAGCGCUCCAUUCGAAAACUCAGGUGUUGGAGCAUUGUACAUCCUGUGUGGACACGAAAUAAAAAAUGUAAAAGAACCAAAGAUCCUAGUCUCUGAACUGAAAAGAAAACAAAUAAUUAGAAAAGAAACUCACAAAAUCUUUGGAUUUAGUCUUCAACCAGUGAGCGACUUUAAUGAUAAUGGUAGUGAUGAACUAGGCGUAGGUGCUCCAGGCAAUUCUAGAGUAACAUUGUUUUCGGGAAUCCCAGCCAUCACGGUGAAUGUAACUUCGAAGAUUUCUGACUCAGUGUUGGAUCCCGUUUCCGGGUUUUCUACUCUCAUCUUCUCCUCAUGCGUUACUGUGGAUUUGCCAGUAAAACCGAGAAUAAUCACUACGAAGUUGUUAGUAAAAAAUGUGAUAAGCGGGAAUGGGGCAUUUAAUCACAGCGGCGAAGCCACCUACGAAAUUGACUUAACGUCAAAAGAACACAGUCUUGAAGCCGGUAGCCUCAGAGAAUAUUGUAGGAAUAUUACUAUUGUUGAUGCAUCUUUCUGCAUUGUGAACACAACGGUAUCAACUAUAGAACGUAUGGAAGAUCACGAAGAAUUUAACGAAACUUGGGUCACACUGAGCGCACUGAGCGAGUUGACGAGAUCAAACCGUUUCGAGUGCGUUUGUCCAAAGCCGGGGUGCGCUCCCGAGCUUAACGUAAAACUGCUAUGGUCUGGAAGCAAUUACACCAACAAAGUAACUGGCUAUCUCAUCGGAUCCUCCAAGUUCGAGACGGUGAAAGUAGCGUUCCACAACACAGGCACUAAAGGAUGCAGAAGCUGUGCUGUAAUACGCGUGCGCGGCGAUUUGGAUCAUCGGCUGCAAUGCCAACGCGAGCGCAACGAUGUUCGCUACGUGUGCCCUCUCGAGAGCUUUAUGGGAAAUACUACCAAAUCUAUCGAGAUUCAGCUAGUGAUGGAUACACUAAGCAACCAGGAAAGCAAUUUCACUAUGGACGUGGAGGUUCGAGACGAUUGUGAGGAGCCGGGACCAAUGACUUCUCUGACAGUUCUGUACAAUUUCACCAAAGUUUUCAACAAUGUCAUCAUCAAUGGAACUGCUAUGAACCGUGAAAUAGCAGACACAGAAAUUCAGGAUGAAAGUGAAGGUGUAAUCUUCCACGAACAAAGUUAUACAAUCUUUAACAACCAGUCUUUUAUGUGGAAAAAUAUAUUGGUAAAUGUCACAGCAAAGAACAAGCCAUACAUUCAGAACUUUAGGGUCGCUUUAAAGCAAACUGAGAAGUUUGCUGAAUAUAACGGAACAGAUGACUUUUUGUGGGGAUGCGUUAUCAGCUUAGCCCCAUACUCCAUCACUAAAAUUUCUAUUUCUACUAAUAUUUUGAAAAAGGAACUUGCACAAUAUCUUCAAAAAGGAAACAUUAUUAUACCAUCUGAACUUUUGCUACAACUACUACCACAUAAGACUAGGAACAGAAAUUUAACAUCAGUACUGACAUUCAAGAGAGAGAAGACAUUCUGGCAUAACAAGCCUCUCAUCAUCAUGAUCUCCCUUCUUGCGGCGUUUCUGGCCCUGGUUAUCAUCACCGUAAUACUGUACAAGCUUAAUUUCUUCAGAAGGAAAAACAAAGAAAAGCUUAAGCAAGAAAUAAGAAGGCGUAGCAUACGUCGUGAAAGCAGUCGACGCCAUGCCCCACCGGACGCUGAUGGGACUCAAGCUCAACCCACUGAUACAGUGGACUUAUCGGUAGUGAAAGAAGAACUUUGUGACCCUACCAACACAAGGCAAGAUAGGACAAGUUGCGAAUCUACCCUAAACGCAGACAAUGCGACGUCGGGCGCGCUUACGCAGUGAUAAUUAAUUAUUUUUUUAAACACUGAUUAGUUGGUAACCAAGACCAUAUGAAUGGCACACGGAAAGAACAUGUCUAGUCACUUUAGUAACAUUUUGAGUAAUCUCGGUUUUCAAAUUUGGAUCCCUGUCAAAAUGUAUGGUAACUCCGUGACCAGGUAUUUUUUAACUAAAAA